CAUUCUCCCAGAACGGAAGGGCAAUAGACGAACAGAAAAGAAGAUACACAAAAGAGAAUAAGAGUGAAAGAUGAGCAGCAUUGGGACUGGUUAUGACCUUUCCGUCACUACUUUCUCUCCUGAUGGUCGUGUUUUUCAGAUUGAAUACGCAGCCAAAGCCGUCGAUAACAGCGGAACUGUCGUCGGCAUCAAGUGCAAAGAUGGGAUCGUUAUGGGUGUCGAGAAGCUCAUAACGUCUAAGAUGAUGCUACCUGGUUCGAAUCGGAGAAUCCACUCUGUUCACCGUCAUUCUGGAAUGGCUGUGGCUGGAUUAGCUGCAGAUGGGAGGCAAAUUGUUUCUCGAGCGAAGGCUGAGGCGAAUAACUAUGAAAGUGUUUAUGGCGAACCCAUACCUGUGAAAGAACUUGCCGAACGUGUUGCCAGUUAUGUGCAUUUGUGCACACUCUACUGGUGGCUCAGGCCUUUUGGGUGUGGAGUAAUCCUUGGAGGUUAUGAUAGAGAUGGACCACAACUGUAUACGAUUGAAACUUCCGGUGUUUCAUAUAGGUAUUUUGGUGCUGCGAUUGGAAAGGGACGACAGGCAGCUAAGACGGAAAUUGAAAAGUUGAAGCUUUCUGAAAUGACCUGUAGGGAAGGAGUCAUUGAAGUUGCAAAGAUCAUAUAUGGGGUGCAUGAUGAGGCAAAGGACAAGGCAUUUGAAUUGGAAAUGAGCUGGGUCUGUGAUGAGUCAAACCGCCAGCAUCAGAAGGUUCCAGAUGAGCUCUUGAGAGGAAGCUGAGGUAACUAUGGUGGCAGCACUAUUAGAAACAUUUGUGGAUUUAUAACAGCUAAAAUGUUCUCUUUCAGCCAUCUUGGGCAUUAGUAAAAAUACUUUAUAAUGCUUGAUUUCUCAUGUCUCUAUAGAUUUGAUUGUGGAUUAUUCAUCUGUUACUGAAAUCUGAA